CAUAUCAUCCCAUCCAAGAUCCCUCUCUCUCUCUCUCUCUCUCUCUCUCUCUGUAAUGGGAAGAGCUCCCUGCUGCGAGAAAGUGGGACUGAAGAGAGGGAGAUGGACAGCUGCAGAGGAUGAGAUCUUGCUGAAAUACAUUCAAGCCAAUGGAGAAGGGUCAUGGAGGUCAUUACCUAAGAAUGCAGGCUUGUUGAGGUGUGGGAAGAGCUGCAGACUAAGGUGGAUUAACUACCUAAGAGCUGAUUUAAAGAGAGGGAAUAUCUCUGCUGAAGAAGAAGAAAUCAUCAUCAAGCUACAUGGUUCUUUUGGUAAUAGGUGGUCUCUGAUAGCUGGGCAUCUACCUGGGAGAACUGAUAAUGAGAUCAAGAACUACUGGAAUUCUCAUCUGAGUAGGAGACUUCACAGUUUCAAGGGGCCUAAUGAUGAAGUGCCUGUGAUCAUCGACAUUGGCAAGAUAACUGGUGGGCCCAAGAGAAAGGGCGUUAAAUCAAGCAAGUCUGCCAUGAAGAAGGGCCCCACCAAUGAGGAAAUGAGUAAAGAUGAAGAACAUGACACAGACGAAGAAGCCCCGAAAGACAAUUUUGGUCAGAAUGAGAAGACGGAGAGCAUGUCGUUGGGUGGUUCCUACAAUGAGAAUGGGGUGGGGAUGUUCCAUGGUGAGGAAUUAGAAAGUGGCGUCUUUGGCCCACCUCAACUGCUAGAGGAUGGGAUCUUUUGUUGUCCUGAUGACAGCAUGGGAAGUGGGGUAAUAGGCCCCACAGAGGGGAGAGAAAAUCCGACUGUGGGCCUAUUUCUAGAGAGUGAGAGUGGGAGCGUGGGCCCCAUUGAAGGUAUUGGAGAUGAUUUCUUCUUCCUUGAUGAAGCGAUAGAAAGUGGGAUGAUGGUUGGUGCAAAUGAGGAGAGAGAAACUGGGGUGAGGGGUGCUGAUGAGGAGAGAGAAAAUAGGGUCAUGGGUCUGAAGGAUGAGAGAGAGAAUGGUGUGAUGGAUGAGACUAGAUCACCCAUGGCGUCUUGUUUUGAUCAGGUAGGGUGCUUGCAGGAUGGAUGGCUGGAUUGGGAGUGGGACCAGGUAAUGGAGGGUGGAGAGGAUUUGUCUUCAUGGCUAUUGGAAAGUGAUAGUGAGGAAGGGAAUUACCAUAGCAUGAUGGAAAGCGAGCAGGAAAAGUUCAUUGCUUGGCUUCAAUCUGCCGAUACAAAUGUCAUGUGAAGAUUCCAAAUAGGGAUUACUGUAAAUGGAAUAAAUACUCAAAUAAAUGAUCGUUGUUGCUUGCAAUGGAGAUUUGUUGGUAAAGGCUUUGUGGGACUCAGAGAAAGGGCCUCCGUAGUUUUAAAUGCAUUUUCUAGAUGCUGUUAUUCUGGAAUAUUCAUUGCAGUGUUGGAUUACAUGAGAAAGCUUAUUUUCAUCCACACAGCUGUAUCAUUGCGUGUCACAUUUAAACCAAAAUAUCUAUGAAAUGUAACUUUCUCUUUCCUUAAUCUAAACCAAAUCGUAUAGAAAUUUUGUGCUUUUAUUGCC